CCUGGGCCGUGGCCCCGCGGGCGCCCCCCGCGUCCUCGCCAAGUGUCGCCUCCCGGCCGGCGCGGGGAGGGGGACGCGAUCAGGUCCCCGGGCGCAGCGGCCCGGGACCCUCCGCCGGCCGGGCCCGCCCUCCGAGCCUCCGCGUCCCCAUUUCGCGGAUGAGAGACGCGCGCCCGGGAGGCGUGGCGGCGCGCGGUGGCCGGGCAGGAUUCCGGGGCGCGGCCCGUCGGGGCAGGGAAUAAAGGCUCGGAGGCCGUUCUGUCUGCCCUGGAGCUCAUCUGCCACUUGGAUCCCCCGCUGCUGCCUGGCUUGUGCCCCCUUCCAGGAUGGACACAAGGACGGCACUGCUGGCCCUCAUCCUGCAAGCCUCCCUGGGGAUCCCCCUGGCUGAGGGUGCUGCCCCCACCCUGCGCUUUCUGGCCGUGGGGGACUGGGGAGGGGUCCCCAACGCCCCGUACCACACGGCCCGUGAAAUGGCCAGUGCCAAGGAGAUGGCGAGGACCGUGCAGACGCUGGGUGCAGACUUCAUCCUGUCCCUCGGGGACAACUUCUACUUCACUGGGGUGCAGGAUGCCAAUGAUAAGAGGUUCCAGGAGACCUUUGAGAACGUCUUCUCCGCCCGCUCCCUUCGCAACGUGCCCUGGCACGUGCUCGCCGGCAACCACGACCACCUCGGCAACGUCUCCGCACAAAUAGCCUACUCCAAGAUCUCCAAGCGCUGGAACUUCCCCAGCCCUUACUACCGCCUGCGCUUCAAGAUCCCACGGACCAACGUGUCCGUGGCCAUCUUCAUGCUGGAUACGGUGACCCUGUGCGGCAACUCGGACGACUUCGUCAGCCAACAGCCCAAGAGGCCCCGAGACCUGGGGCUGGCCCGCACCCAGCUGGCCUGGCUUAAGAAACAGCUGGCGGCGGCCAAGGAGGACUACCUUCUGGUGGCCGGACACUACCCCGUGUGGUCCAUAGCCGAGCACGGGCCCACGCACUGCCUCGUCAAGCAGCUGCAGCCACUGCUGGCCACGUACAGGGUAACUGCCUACCUGUGUGGCCACGACCACAACCUGCAGUACCUGCAGGAUGAGAACGGCGUGGGCUACGUGCUGAGUGGAGCCGGGAACUUCAUGGACCCUUCCACGCAGCACCAGCGCAAAGUCCCCGCCGGCUACCUCCGCUUCCACUACGGGGCCGAGGACUCCCUGGGUGGCUUUGCCUAUGUGGAGAUCGGCCCCAAGGAGAUGAGCGUCACUUACAUCGAGUCCUCGGGCAAAUCCCUCUUCAAGGCCAGCCUGCCCAGGAGAGCCAGGCCCUGAGCCGCCACAAGGGACCCCUCUGAGGCCCAAGAUGCAGGGGUCUUCCUACCCCCAGGACCCUCCCGGCCACGGGCAAGGCUCUCCCUUAGAUCUGUCAUGCGGGGUGGGAGGUGGGGAGCACAGCAGGAAGGGGGAGCUCGGCGGAAGAUCCGGAGCACCACGUGGCCCUCAUGUCACGGAUGCCCCGUGGAUGUGUAAGGGACAAGGAGGGACACGCACCAGACUGCAGAGCCAGGCCCGAGUUCCCAGGGCGGUGGGGGAGCAGAGACGGAAAGCUAUCUCCUGAACCAAGCAUCCUUCUGUCACUGCCAUGCAAUAAAGAAAAAAAUAGUUGCCAGUGCCCAAA